CUUCGGGUUUCACUGAAACUUAGCCCUCUCUCGGGAGGCGAGUGGAGAGGCUUGGAUUAGAGCAGGUGAGACCGCGGCUUCCUCUCCGAGCGGCGAGUGGAACUCCGAGUUUAGAAUCAGUGGCGGCGACUGCCCUGCCCGCCCGGCGUCGGGGCUGCAGGAAGGAUGCGAAGCGUGAGCGCGGCCUGUAUGCUGGGGGGCGCCAUCCUGCUGGCGGCCUCUGUCUCCUGCAGUCGCACCAUCCAAGGAACCAACAGAACCUCUAAAGGAAGAAGUCUCAUUGGUAAGGUUGAUAGCUCAUCUCAUAUCACUGGGAAAGGAGUUACCGUGGAGCCAGGCUUUUCUGUGGAUGAGUUUUCUGCCUCCGUCCUCACUGGAAAACUGACUACCGUCUUUCUUCCAAUUGUCUACGUGAUUGUAUUUGUGAUUGGUUUGCCAAGUAAUGGCAUGGCUCUGUGGGUCUUUCUUUUCCGAACAAAGAAAAAGCACCCUGCUGUGAUUUACAUGGCCAAUCUAGCCUUGGCAGACCUCCUCUCUGUGAUCUGGUUCCCUUUGAAGAUUGCUUAUCACAUACAUGGCAACAACUGGAUUUACGGGGAAGCUCUUUGCAAAGUACUCAUUGGCUUUUUCUAUGGCAACAUGUACUGUUCCAUUCUCUUCAUGACCUGCCUCAGUGUGCAGAGGUACUGGGUCAUCGUGAAUCCCUUGGUGCAUCCCAGGAAGAAGGCAAACAUUGCCUUUGGGGUCUCGCUGGGGAUAUGGGUGCUGAUUCUGCUGGUUACCAUCCCCUUGUAUGUUGUGAAGCAGACUGUCUACAUUCCAGCCCUUAACAUCACAACCUGCCAUGAUGUUUUGCCUAAGGAGGUGUUGGUAGGGGACAUGUUCAAUUAUUUCCUCUCUCUGGCCAUCGGAGUCUUUCUAUUCCCAGCCUUGCUCACGGCCUCUGCCUAUGUGCUAAUGAUCAGAACACUCCAAUCUUCUGCUAUGGAUGAAAACUCGGAAAAGAAGAGGCAGAAAGCCGUCAAACUCAUUGUCACUGUCCUGGCCAUGUACCUGAUCUGCUUCACUCCUAGUAACCUUCUGCUUGUGGUACAUUAUUUCCUGAUUAAAACCAGGAGCCAGAGCCAGGUCUACGCCCUGUACAUUGUAGCCCUCUGCCUCUCCACCCUGAACAGCUGCAUCGACCCCUUCGUCUAUUACUUUGUUUCACAAGACUUCAGGGAUCACGCGAAGAAUGCUCUCCUUUGUCGAAGUGUACGUACCGUACGGCAGAUGCAAAUAUCCUUCAUCACCUCAAAGAAGUCCUCCAGGAAAUCCAGCUCUUAUUCUUCAAGUUCAACCACUAUUAAAACCUCUUACUGAGUUUUUCAGGCCCUCCAUUGGUUGUUUUACAGGAGGAUUUGGAGCCUGCUUAAUGUUAUGGGUAUGUUUCUGUUGUCCCCUGACCAAGUGGGUCUCACCACAUGCCAUGUAUAUGUAGCACCUCUCAGGAUUGCUGGAAGCUUCCCUGUUUGCAUGAGGAAAGUCCCCCAAAGUUAACAGAUGUCAGUUUUAGAAUUCCUCUACUCAGGUGCUCUCGGAAAUGGAACUAACAGAAGCAAACUUUUUAGAAGGCGGUGAAAAAUCAGAAGCUCGGUGACUUGUACAAACUCUUGGCUGGAA